AUGGAGUCCAUCCUAGCUAGAUGUCAUGUGAUCUUCAUCAAGACAAUUGUUCAUACCUCUGCAUUUGUUCGUGAGGAACAGCACCGACUUCGCUUCCUCGAUAAUAGACUACUUAGUCGAGGAUAUGUGAUCGGCUCGCCAUCGUUAUCCCAAAUUUCAUUGAAGCUUGUUCGGUCUUCUUAA